AGAGUCUAGUGUUCUGUGGUGUGGUUAAGAAUUUCAUUUUUUUAAUGUUGUUAGCACUGUCCUGUCAAUAUAAUAUGGCCGCCAAAUUUAUCAGUUCUGCUAUAUCAUCUUUCAGAAAUAUUUAGCCGAAAAUAGCGAACAGUGGGCAAGAAGUACACUCGAGACAGUGUUAUUUACUUUAUUUAAGACUGUUUUAUUAAUUUUAAAGAAGUAAAAUGAAGGUGACACUAAAAAAUCUUCAGCAGCAAACAUUUAUUGUAGACAUAGAACCGACAAAAACGGUCAAACAAUUAAAACAAAAAAUCGAAUCAGAAAAGGGGAAAGACUACCCUUCGGAAAAUCAGAGACUGAUAUAUGCAGGCAAAAUACUUACAGAUGAAACUGUUUUGUCGGAAUAUAAUAUUGAUGAAAAAAAAUUUAUAGUUGUAAUGGUAACAAAACCUAAACAGCCAGAAAAAACUGAAGGUGGAGAUGGUAAUACUUCUUCAAGUACCCCAGCUAGUCCUCCCCCACAACAAACUACGACACCUGCAACCCCUGUAGUGGCAGUAGAAGAAUCGACUACGACUGCAAAUCAAGCUGUCUCAGAUGCACCAGCCACUAUUAGUAGUGUUGCAGAAUCUGCUUUAUUAAUGGGAGAGGAGUAUGAAACAAUGGUGCGAAACAUCAUGGACAUGGGAUAUGCAAGAGAUCAAGUUGAACAAGCACUCAGAGCCAGUUUUAACAAUCCUGAUAGGGCAGUAGAAUAUUUGAUUAAUGGAAUACCUUUAUUGGAUGAUCAAGAAGCUGUAAAUGAGACUGCCGACUUAUCCGGCGUAGAUGAAAGACAAUCUGACACAGAUGAUCCAUUGGCAUUUUUAAGGACUCAGCCACAAUUCCAACAGAUGAGACAAGUCAUCCAACAAAAUCCACAGCUUUUAAAUGCUGUAUUGCAACAAAUCGGACAGACUAAUCCUGCUUUGUUGCAAUUGAUCUCUCAAAAUCAGGAAUCGUUUGUUAGAAUGCUCAAUGAACCAGCAGGAGGAGGAGGUGGAGCUCAAACUCCAGGUAGUGGAGCAGCUCUCUCAACCGGAGGUGCACAGGCAGCUGCUGGUGGCCCCCCUCAAGGUAUGAUUCAAGUCACCCCACAAGACAAAGACGCCAUCGAAAGGUUGAAAGCGCUAGGAUUCCCUGAACACUUAGUGGUGCAGGCCUAUUUCGCUUGCGAGAAAAAUGAGAAUAUGGCUGCUAAUUUCCUACUCUCACAAAAUUUUGAUGAAUAAUAUUUAUGCUACCAAUCUUACUAAGUCUUUUGUUUCUAUUUUAAAAGCUCCCCAUCCACCCCGUUUGUUAUUCACAAUUUUCGGUUUACUAGUGGAUGGCCAGCCUUAUGUUUAUUUUUUUUUGUAAUAUCACAUUAAAGAAUUUUUGAGUUUUGAGGUUGUAUUGUACUUGUAUCUUGCUGUAAAUAGGCUGAAAAUAAAAUGAAAUAGUAAAAAAUGCUUUGAAAUUUUUUUAAAAGGUAAUCUGUAAUUUACAAAUGUAAUAUACUAGUGAUUUUCUUCGGAAAAAAUAAUUUUUCGGGUUAUUUAUUGUAAUGGUUUACUUAUUUUUUCUAGCUGCCACAAUGUUAUACUUUACAAUAUCUAGAAAAUAUAUUUAACAGUGCAAUGUU